AAAAGUGGAACAAUUAGUGGGAUUGAGUCUUCCAAUCGUCAACCUUCAGUAUCACAUAAUGUAAUCAAUGUUGACUACCUUGAUUUGAGUUCAGAUGAAUGUAUGGAAGUAGAUGAGUAUACCUUAUUACAGGCACAGUUUGAUAAUGUUGAUCUACCAACCGGAAUCGAGGCACCUUUUACGUUUCAGCCCAAUAACUCUAUAACCCGAGGAUUUAAAAUCGGUAGUUCUAGUUUGCAAUCUUGUGGAACACAAUUGUCUUCUAAAGCUGCAGCUAGUAAGAAGAAUUCAUUGGGAGUAGAGUCAUCUAAGUCUCGGCGGUUUAUGAAAUCUGUCCGCAGCAAAGGGAAGCAUGGUUUGGCUGACAAUCCAGAUGUGAUGAAGCCGCCAUAUUUGGGGCGAUUUGAAUGUGCUAAGGUGGGAGCUGGAAGUGGUAGUUCGUUCCGUUCAAAUUUUAUUGGACAGAACGGAUCAUUGCGUCCUUGUGGAGUAGAAUCAGGAAAGUUUUGGUCGAAGAGUUCUUGUAGUUUCGUUGCCACUCCUAAGCAUGCGCAUGGUUCCACUGGUGCUCUCAAAUCUGCAAGAGAUGUGCAUAAAGCUGAAAAUGUAACUCUGAGGAAACUUCAAAGUUUUAAGCAAUUUGAUACUGUCAUCGACACUUCGGAUCAUCACUUUAUUAAUGAUAAUUCCUCCUCAAAACAGAAUCUAAAGAGUUGGGCUAAAAAAAUCCAGAAAGAGUGGAAAAUUUUGGAGAAACAUUUGCCGGAUACAAUAUUUGUGAGAGCCUAUGAAUCAAGGAUGGAUCUCAUGAGGGCUGUGAUUAUUGGAGCAGAAGGGACUCCUUACCAUAACGGUCUUUUCUUUUUUGAUAUUCACUUUCCCAGUGGCUAUCCCGAUGUACCCCCGAACGUCCAUUACCAUUCUGGAGGUCUUGAGAUCAACCCGAAUUUGUAUGACUGCGGCACAGUAUGUCUCAGUCUACUUAACACCUGGUCUGGCAGCAAAGAAGAGAUGUGGACUAAAGGUGUUUCAACAAUGCUACAAGUUCUAGUCUCCAUACAAGGGCUAAUCUUGAACUCAAAGCCUUACUUCAACGAACCUGAAUAUGAAGAUUCGAUGGGUACACCAGACGGUGAAAUGGAUGCCCAGGAGUAUAAUCAAAGUACAUUCAUUCUAUCGUUGAGGACAAUGACGUACACGAUAAGAAAGCCUCCAAAGAAUUUCGAAGACUUAGUUGCAGGACAUUUCUACAGCCGAGCACAUGAUAUUCUGGCAUCAUGUAAAGCAUACACGGGAGGUGUUGAAGUUGAUUGUUUGGUCAAAGAGUUCGAAAAUAUUGGAGUAGACUGUAAGAAAUUUAGAAGACAUUUCCACCUAUAAUUUGUUGAUUUAGGGGUAUUUUAUCAAUCCAAUUUACUUAAAAAAAUUCAUGUUUCAGAAAACUUAUUU